CUCUAUGGUCGAGGGAGCCGCGCACGGUCGGCCCGCAGGCCUAGGUUAUUUCCGGAAGCGAAGUGGGACGCUUUCCCUCAGCUUCCGCAGGGCUCCUGGCGGGUGGCGGUGACCGAGUGGGUCCCGGGACUAGUGGCGAGCACAAACCAACCAGACCUCUAACUCCUCCUGUGGCAGCCUGCGUGCCAGCAUCCUGGAACCUGGAGCCAUCAAUUCAUACUGAAGCCCAUGUCUGCUAGAGUUCAGCCUAUCUAGAGUGCAGGUGAAAUUUGAGGCCAGUGACUCAGUGUUCAUUAAAGGACUGCUAGGACUAUCUUGGUGAACUUGUGGCCAGCCCAACCAUCCAUGCUUCACAUCCCUGUUAUCCUUGGUCACCGUCCAAGACCAGUAUACAGAGGAAACAAGAUGUGGUCUAAUGGACCGUAUGACCAAGUACCUCCUCAGAAUGCCCACAGUGCUGAAUCUGGCCUGAUGAUAACAAGAGAUGGUCUUUCUGCAAGCCAGAAUGCCCACAGUGAUGAAUCUGGCCUGAUGAUAACAAGAGAUGGUCUUUCUGCAAGCCAGAAUGCCCACAAUGAUGAAUCCGACCUGAGGAUAACAAGAGAUGAUCUUUCUGCAAGCCAGAGUGCCCACAGUGCUGAAUCUGACCUGAAGAUAACAGGAGAUGAUCUUUCUGCAAGCCAGAGUGCCCACAGUGAUGGAUCUGACCUAAAGAUAACAAAAGAUGGUCUUUCUGCAAGCCAGAAUGCCCACAGUGAGGAAUCUGACCUGAAGAUAACAAGAGAUGAUCUUUCUGCAAGCCAGAAUGCCCACAAUGAUGAAUCCGACCUGAGGAUAACAAGAGAUGAUCUUUCUGCAAGCCAGAAUGCCCACAGUGCUGAAUCCGACCUGAGGAUAACAAGAGAUGAUCUUUCUGCAAGCCAGAGUGCCCACAGUGAUGGAUCUGACCUAAAGAUAACAAAAGAUGGUCUUUCUGCAAGCCUGAAUGCCCACAGUGAGGAAUCUGACCUGAAGAUAACAAAAGAUGGUCUUUCUGCAAGCCGACAGCGUGAGUACAGGGAUAUGAAAAAUGAUCUUAGAAGAAAAUCUUCUUCUUCUUCCCAUUAUUCAAGACAGAGGUCUCCCCAUAAUGGGGCUCCUCGUGUUUUCAAAAAAUCAAGUAUAGGUCAGAAAAACUCCCCGCAUAGCGGAUCUGGGUUCAGUGGAGGGCACUCCCCAAAACGAAGCCGACGACGUUCUUCCCCUUUGUCAGAGCUUAGGCAGUCCAGGCAGGCUCAUGCCCCCUACAGAAGGCACAGAGAAGAAAAGCUAGAAGGAGAUCAGAAGAGACUUGGCCAGUCUUUGAAAACAUUAAGAGACACACACCCAUCAAGUUCUUCAACUGUUCCUUCAUCAGAAGUUUUAAGCAAACUCAGCAAGUUCAAUGAGAAGGGACUUCCUGAAGUUCCCAGCAGGCAGGCAGUAGAAAAACCCAAGGUGGCAGAUGAAAGUGGCUUACCUAAAAUUUCUGAGUUUAAAGUUGGACUCACAGAACCAUUACUUCAGCCACAGCAACCUGAGCCAAACAGAACACAAGACACAGAAUUAGUUGAUGACCAACUAACUAAUCGCCUUAAAGCAAUAGCAUCAAAAACCAAGGAAAUUGAACAAGCAUACCACCAAGACUGUGAAACCUUCGGGAUGGUGGUGAAAAUGCUGGUUGACAAAGAUCCUUCAUUAGAAAAGUCCAUUCAGUUUGCACUUAGGCAGAGUUUGCAUGAAAUAAGUGAGCGGUGUGUGAAAGAGCUCAGGCAGUUCAUUGCAGAGUAUGAUGCUUCUUAAGAAUUGGUUCUCUGGCACAAAAGUGGACCUUGAUUGUUAUUCCAGAAUUACAUAAAUAUUUCAAAUAUGGAAUGUUUGUGAUGAAAGGAAAUACUUCAGUGUUAAGUAAAAUCUAAAAUGGUCACUUUAAAAUAGUCUAUUCAGAAUUCUAUUCCACCUAUAGAGCCUUCUAAUUCAUACACACAGCAAGUUCAGUGUGUGUCUUAGCCUGCUGGGGAGCAGCUUUCUGCUCUUACUCAUGUUGUGUAGUCUUCCAAGUACAAGAAUGUGUGGCCCAAGUGUACUUUAUAGUUAGAGAUUGAACUUCAUCGUAAAUGAUAGUAUGUAAAAAAUGUUAGCAUUUUGAGUUGUGGUUAUUAUUGGCUUUUUCUUAGGCUUUGUUUCUUGUAUUAAAAGUAUCCUACAUUAAAGUUUAUUACCUUAA